UUAACUUGCCUAUAGGUUAUAAUAUAUUAAUAUCCAUUUGGUGUUAGUGUAUUAUAAUACAUUUUCAAUAUAUUUGAAUAUGAAUAGAACACUAUUAGAGCUAAUUGUUUAGUUUAAAACAUCUGUAUACAAGAGACGUGAGUAUAUAUAGCCUAAAAAUAUUUUUUAUAAGAUAUAUAGGUAUGUAAAUGAAAAAAAGUUUUGAAUAUCACAGUGUACAAUAUCGAUGGUUUUUUAAUAUUUUUUACUAUUAAAUAAAAAGUCAAAAAUGGAUUAUAAAUUAUUUUUUUUACAAGUGAUUUUUUUGGUUUCAGUUCUCCCGACAUUUGUGAUCUCGUAAGUAUUCAAAUAAUUGUUUUAUAUACAAUUUCCUCAUUAUGGUAUAAUUUUUAAAACUCGUUGUUUUAAUAUUCAUUUAUUGGGGGCAUAUUAUAAGGAGACUUUUCCUUAUGAAAUCCCCUAAUUCUCAUUAUCAUUCUCAUUCAGUUCUUUGUCGGUUAUUUUUUUGGAAUCCUCAUUCUAAAAAUGAAGAUUCUAAAAUUUCAUUAAACCUGUUUUUGAAAUAUUUCACAAAAAUGCAUGGAAGUUGCAUGCAAUUAUUCAUUUUGAUAAAAUAUCAAAAUAAAACCAAUAUUAAUAAUUAUAAUUAAAAUUCUAAUAGUAACUGUUGCAAACAUCUAAAUAAUGCAUGGAACGGUACUGAUAAAAGCUUUUUAAAAAUGAUUAACAUUAAAAAAAAAUUAAACACAUCUUUUAUUUAUAGUCUAAAAAAAUAGUUAAAACAAUUUUAAUUUUUGAUAUUGUUUAUAUUUUUUUUAUUAUAAAUAUUUAUUUUAAUAAAGAAUAUAAUUAUUAGAAAGACAGACAUACUUCGCACAUAAGUGGGCCAAUGUUGUAGAUGAGAAAUUCGGAAGGUAGAUGCGAAAUUUGAUAUCAAAUAAAUAUUAAAAACAUACAAAAUCAAGAAUACAAAACAAUUUGUUGUGAUAAUUCUGAGUAAAUCCAUAUUUUUUAAUUCUCGGGAGAAGGUUCUAGGAACUACCUAUUAUUAGUAUUGAACAUCAUGUUCAGCUUCAAAGGUUUAUAGUUAAAAAGAUCACUAAAAGAAGACCGAUUCGAAAAUAUCGUAAAAUGGUUGGAAUAAACAAGGAUAUUUUGUUGACUGAGUGGUUAAGAAAUAAGGAAUAAUACUUUUUGGGAUGUACAUGCUAAAAUUAAAACGAGUAAAACACGAAUAGAGCCGGAAAGCCAAUGGAGAAAAUAAGCUGCUAAUAACUAUGAUAGAUGUUGGUUUCGUUUUUAAAAAUGUGGUCCUAAAUAAUAGAAAUAAUAAAAAGAUUACAAAGUUUAUAUUUGUUUCCAAAAUGAUCAAAACACCCUUUUACAGGUCCUUAUUCACGGUGAACGGAAAAACCUAUUGGAAUGAUAAAUAUUUGGUGGUUCCUAUUGGAGGAAGCAGUAUGAAAGGUAAUUUUUGAUAAAAAUUUAUCAGAUAACAAUAAAAGUAGCAAUUAUAAAUUAAUAAUCUUUCGAAUAUCACAAUCCAUUACAUGACGUCAUUUCCCAAAUCAUAAUCUGCCUUAUUAUCUUUUCAUACAUUUUAUGUAACCAUACAAUGGUUUUUUAUUUAGUAAAAUAACUCUGCAACUGUGUAUAGGUUCCUAUAACAUAAUUUUCUACAUCUUCAUCUUUUCACAUUUAAUAUUAUUUAAGAGUUUCAUUAACCAUAGAGAAAUAAAUGUAGGAUAGCGUUUAUAUUCAAUCUCGAGUAUUUAACAGAUAGUUUUUUUAAUUAUUCGGAAUCACUAAUAAUUACUCUGUUCACUAAAACGUGAAGAUGUGAUAUAAUAUGAUUUCAUAUUUUGAACAAAAUUUGAAAUCUUGCAAUAAUAUUCAAGUGCAGGAUGUUUUCUAAAAAAAAAAAAUUAUUUAAUUUUUUGUGUAAAAGAAAGUCAUAUUUUAUUUUUCUGUGUAGUUCUUUCCGUGUAAUUAAUAACUAAGUAAAACCAAGAGAAAAUAGUUAAAAAGUAUUUUUUUUUUUUUAAUUUGAUGAAAUAUAUUCACAGAGACCUAAGAUAACAAUACUCUUAUAUUAGACUUUUCUAAACGAAUUUUCAAAAUAUUCUGACGAUAUUUCGAGCUACAUACAGGUUUAUGACUUUUUUCUAAUUUGUUUAGUUCUUAUUAGUUAUUCGUUACCUAAUACAAAUUGAUAGAUAUUAUAUAAAUACGGAAUAUAUAAUUUUUUUCCUUCUUCAAAAACGCUUGUAAGUUUAAUAUGAGGUUCAAUGUAAAUUUAGAGCAUAAUGAAUCAUUAUUUACUCUUUGUUUAUAACAGUUCUAAGAUCAAAUUUUGACGAAAAUCGUCAAAACAGCAUUAUUUAAAAACAGGUUUGAACAAACUUCACUUAUUAUCAUAUAUAUUACUAAGGAUUUUAUUUUACCUUUCUAAUUUUCUUAAAAUUAGAAAUAUAAAAAAAUUUCCAAUUUCUAAUAAAUAAUUCGUUUGUAUGUGACUUUUAGUUAUUAUGCUGUUUUUUCGAGAAUAUUUUGUUAUUGUUUUAAUAUGAUGUACCUCAAUGGUUUUUAUUUUUUGAUUUAGGAGAAAUGAAUGGUGUACUUUAUGGAUAUAAGAAAAUACGGAUAUUAAGCGAAGAUGAACGAAAAGAAGUAAAACAAGCAUUGGUUACACAGAAGGUUCAAAUGGAAGAAAAAAAGAAACAAGAAAUAGCUGAAAUGGAAGAAAAAAUGCAACAAGAUAUAAAUAAAAUGGAAGAAAAAAAGCAACGAGAUAUAGAUAAAAUGGAGGAAAAAAAGCAACGAGAUAAGGCUAAAAUGGAAGAAAAAAAGAAAAGAGAUAUAGUCAAAAUGGAGGAAAAAACGCAACGAGAUAUAGCUAAAAUGGAAAAAGAAAAUACUCAAAUUAGAGAAAAAUUUUUACGAGAUCAGGCUAAAAUAGCGGAAAAAAAGCAACGAGAUCAAGCUAAAUUAGAAGAAAAAAAGCAACGAGAUAAGGCUAAAAUGGAAGAAAUAAUAAAACGAGAUAUAGCUAAAAUGGAACAAGAUAAUAUUAAUGAAAAAUACUUAGAAGAUGAGGCUAAAAUAAAUGCCGAAAUUGAAUGAGAUAAUGAUAAAUAGAGCGACAAAAUGCUAAAAUAAACCGAAUCAUAAGUUGGAGAAAUAAUCUUAUGGGUAUUUUGAUAAUUAUUAACUGACAAUUUAUAAUAUAAACUUAAGUAAAGUAAUGAUGACUAUAAUAAUUAAUCAAUAUUAUUUCGACAAAUAUAUUUGUGUUAUGUUUAAAACAAACUCAAUAAAUAUUCAUUAUGCAUUUAUAAUUUUCCUUUGAAUAAAACUACAUUUUUUUUUCUCGUAUAUUUUG